UAUAAAAAAAAAGAAUUAUUAAUUUUACAAAUCCUUUAAAACUCUCAGGCCUUUUAAAACAAUAAAAAUUAUCACAUGACCAUGAAUUCUAGCAGUGAUAUACAAAGUACUCUAGCGUCGUCUCUUGAAUUGAUCGAAAAGUGUUUCGCGGAAAACGAGGAAAAACAGUACAAAAUCAAGGAUUGUUUGAGGCUUCUAGAGAAUAAACGCCUUAUUUCCAAAAAAUCUAUUGAAGAAACGUUUAGAAGAAUCAUUGGCUUGCAAGACGAUUUGAUGAGAGAUUUGAAUGAAGCGAUUGAAAAUAAAGCUGAAACUUUGAGAUUAUUGCUUCGCAAAUUGGAAUCUAUCAAUGGUGCCGUCAAGGAAAAGAGAGAACACAUCAACAACCUGAUGAAGGGAAAAAUUGUAAAAAAAUAA